UCUCUCCAACCCUUUUUUUAAAAACAAUUGAUGCGCCCCACCCCAAUUCUCUCUCUGCGGAAAUUCUCUCUCUCUCUGCGGAACAAAUCUCUCUCUCUCUGCGGAAAUUCUCCCUCUCCCUCUCUCGACCGAAGCUUUAUUUAUUUUCACCGUAAAUUGGCCGCCGGCGCCGGAGAAGAUGGACCAACCGAAUGAGGGUCAUCCUGUUUUUUUGAGAGCGGACACAAUUAAUUCAACGUGGGACGUUGGCACAUAUUAUAAAAUAAAGUAUCUUAGCAAGGUAAAAUCUGUUUUGAAGGAAAAAGGUGGUCAACAGUUAUUAGAUAGAUUUAUAGGGGGUUGUUUUGGACAUUUUUUGGAUUGGAAUCCUGGUCCGAAAUGUGCAAUGGCCGUGCAUCAUGUGGUAUCCCGCCAAAUAAAAUCAGAUAAUAAUGAUCUCUGUUUUAAAUUGAAUAAUACUAAGGUUUAUUUAUCGAGGAGGGAUUAUGCUUUAGUGACCGGUCUUCAAUUUGGUGAUUUUAAUUAUGAUAUGUCACGUAAUCAUAAUUUGGAUGAAGUGGAAGUGUUUAGAAGAUUUAGUUGUGGUCAGUCUCAUGUGAAAGUGUCGUUUCUCGUUGAUUUUUUUGAUAAUUUUAAGAUUGAUGAUGAGGAUGGGAGUUUGCACUUGAAGAUUGCCUAUAUUAUAGUCUUAUAUGGACUUCUCGUAGGCUAUGAGACUGAUAAAACUGUUGAGCAUUGGGUUUGGGCAUUAGUGGAUGAUCUCGAUGCAUUUAACCGAUUUCCGUGGGGGGCGUAUAGUUAUAAUUUGUUAUGUCAUCAUGCCAGUAAAAUUUUUACAUCUAAGAAACAGUAUAAAUUUUAUGAACCUGUGUGGGCAUUGCAUGUGUGGUCGCUUGAGGUAAUGCCCGACUUAGGGCAGGUUGUCGGUAAAUGUGUGGCGGAGUUUGCGCACCCCCGAUGCUUAAAGUGGAAGUUUCGGAGUCGACCUUCUACAAAGGAGUUACACCCAUUCUUCGAGAAAGAGGAGCAACAAAUAUUGGAGCUUCAACCAGAUGAAUUUGAACUGACGACCAUGUACUACUUAUCUACACUUGGAUUUGAUUUGGGUCAACCGGGUGAAGAAGAUGAUAACCAGGAGGAAGAGCCUCAUCCAUCCGGCUCUUUGAAUGAUAUCCAUAGGGCACGGCAUGAAGAAACGCCUGAUUUGUUGUUUGAUGCCCCAAUUGAAACACAUGAAGUAUCGGCUCUACAUGAUACACCUAUUGGUGUGGAAGAUAUCCCCUGGACAGGGACUGAUAGACGGGUGCGGGGUUCAUCGUCCCGCGAUGGUUCUCGUGGAAAAGCUAGGGAAAAGCGCGUUCGUCAGCCUACUCCGUCUUCAUCAUCUAGCAGCGGUGAGCAAGCAAACCGCCGUGUAGACCGCGAGUACAUAGAUAAUGCUGUCAGGAGGAUUGAUGCGGCAAAUGAGGCGAGAAUGCAACGACACAGCGAUGCUUUGCAUGAACGAGUCCAUUUGAUGUGCAAUGGACUCAUCCAACGAAACAUGCGAUGUAUUCUGCUCAUAAGUGGAUGCACUAGGUAUAUCCAUGGAAGGUCGGUAUACAUCACGCUGCGAUGGAUAAUUCCUUCCAUUGUCAGUCACAAAAACUUGUGGCUCGACCUCAUUGGUGCAUAACAGCCGAAGUUGAUCAUCAUUAAUUAACAAGGAACGAAUCAGCCGACCACUGCGAGUUCUUGAAAAACAAUAAAGAUCAUAGUUUGGAUUCAAGGAGUUUGCCACCAAAUAAUAAUUAAU